GCGAAAGUUAGGAACGUUCGGCUUCCGCGCUAAAACGCGACAAAUGUGCCUCGAACCUCGAAGCUCGAAGUUGUCACGCCCUUCGAUGCCCUCGCGUGACCGCGUCCCGUGAUGAAGUAUGGACGCAAGCUUGACGAGCUGCUGUCCUCGCCUUCGGUGCCACCGGAGUGGAAGGCCAGCGCGAUCCAAUACAAGCAGCUCAAGAAAGUCAUCAACAAGGUCGCUGCAGAGCUCAACUCGAUAGGCCUCAGCUCGGACCUGCUCAGGGAGCUACUCGAGAGACCGCCAGGCUCUGCGCCGACGGAUCUGACCAACGGCCACUCUGCCCUCGCCGCACGACAUUCGGCAGCGCAAGGCAGCGAUCAGUCAGAUAGCGAGCAUGCAGCAGCACUCGAGCAUUCCGCCGUCCGUGUCGGCAAAGGCAAGCUGCGCGCGAGGGCAGAAUAUGAGUUGUCUGGCACGGCAGAACAUCCUCAGCCGCGCAUCAGGAUCGUCUUUUCAUCUGCUUCCUCCUCUUCAGCUUCUUCUGGCCUCGGCGAUAGUGAUUCUGAUUCGGCAUACCUGCGCAGACUGCACGGCGUCAACUCGACGAGCUCGAGAUCUAAAGGCAAUAGCUCGGUCGAUUCAUCUUCCGAGGCGUUCGAAGGAGCGCCUCGCUUCAAGGAGCUAUCGCGCAACGGCGACGAUACUGACGACGAUGAUGGACAGCUUGAGCGGGCUACACACGCGCUCGAGCUUGACCAAAUUGAUAUUGCAGAGAAACGGCUCUCACCACGUAGUCUGAUGGACAGGGUUUACGGCAAAGGCAACCCGCCAGCGCAGACUGUCUCUGCCCCCGGAUCACCGGCUACGCUCAAGGGGGACGAUCCGCCUGUUUCGCCUCAACUACGUGGUAACGUCACUGUCGAGGAGGACGUUCCAGACACUGUCGUUCUACCUGCUGGCAUGCUCGACACAAUCCGAGCCUCCGGGCAAGUUCCAGGCUCAGAGCAGGACACAGACGAAGCGGACGAUGAAGCCGAGCGUCCUGCACGAGCAAAGCGGAAGCGGAGACACCGACGCGAAGUCUUCAUUCCCCUGCAGAACGACCAAGAAUUCUUCGAGCUGCUAGCACAAGCACUCGCUUCGCUCGAAGCCUUGCAGAUAGCACAGAAACGCGCCUUUGUAGAUCAGGUCACCUCACUCGCUGCCAUAGUCUCCCGAGUCUCCUCACCCAAUCGAUACCGUUCAGAUCUCUAUGCUUGGCGAGAAGUCUUCUCACUUUGGGUCGAAGCGCAAGUCUUCGAGGGCGAGGUCGAGGCGGAUCGAGGCGAACACUCUGUACAGGAAGCAGAGAAGCGGCUUCAAUGGCUAGCAGAUCAAAUAGGUCGACGCAGUCUGGCCAAGAAGAUGAAGCACAAGGAAUCCAGAGCUGCCUUAGAGAACUUUAUCAAGCUCAACACGACAUUGUUAGAACUGAAGCGGUUCCAGACAGCCAAUCAAGAAGCUGCUCGUAAGAUCUUGAAGAAACACGACAAGAGGACUGCAUUGACGGCAUCCUCAGACUACCCGAGUCUCAUCUCACACGAUGCCAUACAGUCAACAGACGAGAAUAGUCGCACUUUGCUCUUGCCAGGCCAGGCGUCUUUACCACAUAUUCUCUUGUCGACAUUCACAACCACGCUCUUGCCGGUCAUACCCUCGCUCGAAGACUACACCUGUGUCAUCUGCGGCGAUGUCGCGUUCAAGCCUAUCAAGCUCGACUGCGGUCACCGCUUUUGCGUCCGCGAUCUGGUCAAGAUGCAAAAGUUUGACCAGGACAAGUGCCCGACCUGCCGUGCGCCAGUUGUCCUUCGCGCCAAUGCUCGCAAUCUAGACAGUGCACUUACCGACUAUCUCAAGACUUGGUUCCCGAGAGAGGUCAAGCAGAAGCUCAAGGAUGAUCACAGCGAAAGUGCCAUGGAGGAUAUUCAAGAGAUGGGCCUAGACCAUCGUUGUCUGAUCAGCUAGGACUCUCCUAUCUGGCAGCAUCAUGUUGUUGUACUGUGAAAGUAUGCGAGUGCAACAAACUGACAUUAUUACCACUCCUCGUC